AUUAGAUGUAAAGUAUUGCGUAACGUGUAAGAAAAGUGAUGAUAUUAAUAUUGGAGUUUUUUUUUAAAGAAAACAAAACAACAUAAUAUUAAUAUCACUACAUCAUACGUGUAAGAAAAAAGUGAGAUUACUUGGUUGUUUAAGAUGGAAGUCGUGAAUACUCAAAACAAGAAACUUGCUGUUAAUUUGGUGGAAACUGCACAAAAUGUUGGUGGUGCUCAGCUAGUAGAGUGUUCACAGUCAUCAGCCAAGCCUCAUCUAGAUCUUGUGGAACUAGCUCAACAGAUACAAACAGCUGACAGUUUCACUAAAGCCAAUGCCUGUAGCAAGUUAACUGUUAUUGCAGAACAAGUAAGGUUCUUACAAGAGCAAGCCAGAAAAGUGUUGGAAGAAGCUAAGAGUAACUUUGAUCUUCAUCAUGUAGCUUGUAAUUUUCACAAAAUACCUGGCAGUAUUUAUUAUUUGUAUCGAAGGUCUUCUGGUCAUCGAUAUUUUUCAAUGAUUAGUCCUGAAGUAAGUGUUUUUCGUAUUUUCUAACUAUUAUUAGUUGAUAGCAGACAAUGAGCAUAGUAUAUAUAUAUAUAUAUAUCAACAGAUCUGAUAGGAUGUAGCUGGCAAAAAUUUACCAUUUAUGUCACUAAUUGUUACAAAUGCAACCCCCUUUUUUGUUUACAAUUACAAGCUGCAAUAAUAUUGUCCUAGCAAAUUAUACCAUCUUACAAUUUUAGUAUUAAAAUUUCAAAUCCUGUUUAUAUUAAGUUCAGUAGACUCAGCAGAACAUGUUUGGAGUUGAAAAUAUCAGUGGCAGUGUUUGUAAUAAUAAUAAACUUUCACCUCCAUGUUUAGAGGUUUAGUGCAUCAAUUUUUUUAUUAUUUACAACUGAGGACAUUUUGUAUGAAACAUUAUAUGUAAGAACUCGGAUCUGUUAAGUGAAGCUUUUAAUGUGGCUUUUAGUUACUUUAUUAUCCUAUCACUUUAAUAAUAUAAUAAGUGUACUUUCAGGGGCUAAUCAAAAUAAACACAUUUUGCAAAACUAAAAGAGGACAUAUAUCUUUACUGAAUAACUUAUAACAUUAAUCUCUAAAUAGAAACUCAAGACUAUCAAUUUUCAAAUUUUUCUUUAUGUCAUACACCAAUGUCAGAAAAUUAAAAUUUCAGUAACUGAGUUAUUAAUGCAAUUUUGCUAGCAUGAGAUGUGUUUAUGAACUAUUUAUGUGAGAAGUUCACAUUAGAAUGAUUGUAGGGCUAUUAUAAAAUAGUGGGCUAUCAGAGAUCUUUUAGUUAAGUUAAAAUAUCUAAAUUAAAUAUUGAUCCAAAGGUGGUGAUAUGUUAAUGUUUUUAUUUGAUUACUUAGUGCUGGGAAGAGAAACUGCAGUUGUAAUUGCUGACACUUUAUCUUAUAGCUUUAUUUUUGGAUACUCUGUAGCUGCUCUGCAUUUGAAUAUACUUAUGUAGAUCUUUGUGUAUGUAACUACUCUGUCUCUGAAUGCGAGUCCCCCAAUAGAACAGUCGUAAGUUUACGGACUUACAAUGCUAAAAUCUAGGGUUUGAUUCCCUGAGGUAGACACAGCAGAUAGCCCAAUGCGACUUUGCUUUAAAAACAAACUGUUUUAGUGUAAUUGCUCUGUAGCUUUCUUUAUAUCUAAUUAUUUUGAUGCUUUUUUUUGUAUAUGACUAUUAUAGCUAUCUUUGUUACUACUCUCCAGCUGUUUUUGUAUGUGACUAUUCCCCAGCUGUUUUUGUAUGUGACAUUUCUCCAGCUGUUUUUUGUAUGUGACUAUUCUCCAGCUAUCUUUGUAUGUGACUAUUCCCCAGCUGUUUUUGUAUGUGACAUUUCUCCAGCUGUUUUUUGUAUGCGACUAUUCUCCAGCUAUCUUUAUAUCUGAGUAAUCUUGCUAUCUUUGUAUGUGACUACUCUCUAGCUAUUUGUAUGUGACUAUCUUUAUGUGUAUUUGGUUCUACACUAUAGCCCCUUUCUGUAUGUGGCUACUUUGUAGCUAUUUUGUAUGCUACUACUACUCUCUUAAUGACUUCACGUGACUGUACUUGCUAGCUCUGUAUGUGAGUGCUUUAGCACUGUUUAUUUUCUCUAACCAUCUUUGCCAGUGACUCUGCUCUAGCUUUUGUAUAUGAUUAUCUAACUAUCUUUAUACAUGACUCUACUCUCUAGCUUUUGUAUAUGAUUAUCUAACUAUCUUUAUACAUGACUCUACUCUCUAGUUCUUGUGAAUAUGUUGUAUAGUUACUUCAGAUAAUGACCUUAAUUGUGCUUGUUUUGGAUAUUUUUUUUUUUAUAAGUGAUCUAAUCCAUUUUUGGAAACCUGAUCCUUAGUGGAUGUGGAAUAUUUACUAUUCUCAAACCCUUUCAUUUUAUUAAGUAUUUUCACCCUUUCUAUCAUCAAUUUUGUUUUAUGGUUAAUUAUGAACACCUUACAAGUUUUGUGAAAUAGACAUAGUAACUUUAUAUUUAGAACUUAAAUUUUUUGGGUAUAUGCAGGACUGAUGAGAGAGGGGCAGCUGCCUCGGGGCCCAGGGUCUGUUGAGGUGCCCGGCAGUGGGAUAUUCCAAAGAUUACUAGAAAUGCAUACAACUCAAUGAGCUAAAAUGGCUACUGCUUUUUCAUGGAUUCACGAGAAAAUUUGUCGCCUAAAUUUAUUUUAUGAAAAAUCGGCAAAAGUUAAUAAAUAGUGAUGAAAGGGGGGCCCAAUCAUAUUACUGACCCCAGGGCCUGGGCUGGCUCUAGACACCCCUAGGUCUAUGAUUCAUGUUAUUCAUUAUCUUAACUUUGGAAUUAUGAAUGGGGAUCUGUAUGGUUCCCAUUACCAUUUUAGACACAUAUUACUAAAUUAUUUAUGCACUACCUUUCUUGUGAAACCAUGGCUGUUUUUUACAAGAUCUUUAUUAACUUAAAGAACUUUAGCCAAAAAUACCAUCAGUAUUACAGUUAAUCCAAAUAAUUACUAUUAAGGUUUUCUAUUAAAAAUAUAAUGAAUGAUUUCACCUAAGUUUUGGGCAGUUCAUUACAAUGAAUUUUAUAAUAGGCAAAAAACAUUAAAUUAAUUAAUAUAAUACAAUAUGUGUACUGCACUGUUAGCAAUCUGUAUAUAUAUAUAGAUAAAUAUUUUAAGAGUCAAGAACCCCUGAAGUUUCCUCCAGGUCAAACUGAAUAACUUCCCAACUUUGAUAUAUUUUCUGGGUAAUCUGCAUUACAGAGCUAUAACUUGGCAUAACGGCUCAUAAAAUGGCUCUGAGUAUUUCAAGUACAAACCUUUAGCUCAUUGCUCCUUCAUCUCUUGUCUGAUUUGAUAUCUAAUCACAGUUUUGGACUCGGGAGGUCAAACCCUUUAGUUUUUUAUGUUUUUGACCACGUCCUAGGU